AUGAGCUACUACUACGGCAACUACCAUGGUGCCCUUGGCUAUGGCCUUGGUGGUUUUGGUGGCCUGGGCUAUGGCUAUGGUUCCGUCUAUGGUCUUGGAGGCUAUGGUGGUUAUGGCUGUGGCUACUUCCAUCCCACUUUCUACGGAAGAUACUGGUCCUCUAGGAACUCACCUUCGACCUCCAGCAAAUCUUCAACCUCUGACACAGUGAGCUACUACUACGGCAGCUACUAUGGGGACCUUGGCUAUGGCCUUGGUGCUUUUGGUGGCCUGGGCUACCGCUAUGGUUCCGGCUAUGGUCUUGGAGGCUGUGUGAGGAAGUGUAAAAGUCCAGGUGCAGCUGGUGAUGUUCACCCUCAAGGAACUCACCUUCGACAUCCAACCAAACCCUCAAGACUUAACACAAUGACCUACUACUACGGCAACUAUUAUGGUGGCCUUGGCUAUGGCCUUGGUGGUUUCAGUGGCCAGGACUAUGGCUAUGGUUCCAGCUAUUGCCUUGGUGGCUACAGUGGUUGUGGCUUUGGCUACUACUGUCCCACUUUCUAUAGAAGAUAUUGGUCCUCUGGAUUUUUCUAA